AUGGAGGUUCGAUACAGUCAAGAGACCGAGUCGGGAAUGGCGCUGAAGAAUGGGCUUAAGGAUGGGAAAGACAGCAAGGAUUCCCAAGGAAACAUUUCCAAAUCCUUUCUGAAGGAGCAGCAGGAGACCUUCUCGGCUUCUGGGACAGUGGAGAAUUGCGAAAAAAGCCGAGGGAACUCGGGAGACCCGGACUACUGCAGGAGAAUCCUAGUCAGAGAUGCCAAAGGGUCCAUCAGAGAGAUUAUCCUGCCGAAGGGUCUGGAUCUAGACCGACCCAAGCGGACCAGGACUUCUUUCACCGCCGAGCAGCUCUACCGAUUGGAGAUGGAGUUCCAGAGGUGCCAGUACGUUGUCGGCAGGGAACGCACGGAGCUGGCCCGACAACUCAAUCUGUCAGAAACUCAGGUAAAAGUUUGGUUCCAGAACCGCCGCACGAAACAGAAGAAGGACCAGGGCAAGGACUCAGAGCUGCGCUCGGUGGUGUCGGAGACGGCAGCCACAUGCAGCGUGCUCAGACUGCUGGAGCAGGGCCGCCUCCUCACCCCGCCCGGCCUCCCGGGACUCUUGCCCCACUGCGGCAGCGGCACCUUGGGCUCGGCCCUGCGGGGCCCCUCCAUGGGCAUCGCCAACAGCAGCAGCAGCAGCAGCAGCUCAGGGACCGGUGGCAGCCCGCCUCUGCCGGCCGUGACAAGCUCGGGGGCGGCCACAGUCCUGCCGGGCUCCACGCCCGCCCACGGCCUCUUCAGCUUCCCCAUGCCCUCGCUGCUGGGCACCGUGGCCACCCGGAUAUCCUCCAACCCCCUGUCCAUGGCCGGCUCCUUGGCCGGGAACCUGCAGGAACUAUCGGCACGCUACCUGAGCUCUUCAGCUUUCGAACCUUACUCCCGGACCAACAGCAAGGAGUCCAUGGACAAGAAAGUGCUGGAAUGA